UCUGAAAGCAUGUUGAAAGUAAAUGAAAAUCAAAUAUCUGCUAUUGGUCGCAUUUUAAAUGAUCAAAAUCGACCGUUAAAAGAAAGAUUUCGUGCUUUAUUUACUUUAAAAAAUAUCGGUGGAGCUGAAGCUAUUCAACAAAUUUAUAAUUGUUUUAAUGAUGAAUCAGCUUUAUUAAAGCAUGAACUCGCAUAUUGCCUUGGUCAAAUGCAAGAUUCCCAUGCUAUACCAAUUCUCAUAGAAAUAUUAAAAGACAUUACACAGGAGCCAAUGGUUCGUCAUGAAGCAGGCGAAGCUUUAGGUGCAAUUGGAGAUCCUAGCGUUAUACCAAUAUUAGAAGAAUAUAGUAAAGAUUGCGUACCAGAAGUUGCAGAAACAUGUGAAUUAGCAUUAUGCAGAUUACAAUGGUUAAAAUCAAAUAGCAAUUCAACAAAUUUACAGAAGAGUCCUUAUAUGUCAGUAGAUCCUGCACCACCAGCAGAUAUUACUGAUGUUAAGAAGUUAAAAGAGAUUCUUUUAAAUGAAAAUAUUUCUUUAUUUGAAAGAUACAGAGCCAUGUUCUCUUUAAGAAAUAUAUGUACUCCAGAUAGUAUUCUUGCUCUUAGUGAAGGUCUAAAAACAGGCAGUGCUUUAUUCAAACAUGAGAUAGCUUUUGUUCUUGGACAACUUCAAAAAGAGAUUGCUAUUCCAUAUUUAGAAGCGUCUUUGAAGGACGCAGAAGAAAAUGAAAUGGUGCGUCAUGAGUGUGCGGAAGCGUUGGGUUCUAUUGCUACUCCAGAUUGUUUUGACAUUCUAAAUAAAUAUUUAAAUGACAAUAAGAGAGUCGUACGAGAAAGCUGUGUAAUCGCACUAGAUAUGUGCGAGUACGAGAAUAAUAAAGAAUUUCAAUAUGCAGAUACACUGGGGAAAGUUGCUGUAUGAAAUUAUGUUUCUGUUCAUUUUUAAGUAAACACAAAUUUUAUGUAAAAAAUUGUGUCUAAAAUAAAAUUGGUCAACGUGGAAA